CAUUAUUAUUUGGUUAUUAAACAGAAUAAUCAAGCCCGUUUCCAACAUGUUCAAAUUCGUUUUCGUCUUGCUAGCGGCCGUUCUGGCUGUAGCCAUGGCUGCUCCUGCUGCUUCUCCUCUUGUAACCUCUGUCGUUACGCCUGGAGUUUAUUCGUCUGUCGUCGCUCCGUCUGUUUACUCUACUGGAGUCAUUUCUUCUCUGGGAUAUGCUGCUCCCAUUGCUUAUCUUUAAUGUGUGCGAGUUACCCGGUCAAUAAGUUUAAUAUCGCUUUACCUAAGAAUGUUUGUAGUCGUGAUUUAAAAUAAAUCUUUCACAAAAGCAAA